AUGUCUGGACCCAGGGUCUCCAUCCUCUGUCGGUCACAGCCAUCAGCCGUGGGCAGGUCCAGGCCAUACCAAGGUGUGCGAGUCAGGGAUCCUGUCAAAGAGCUGCUGAGGAGGAAGAGGAGCCUGGAGCUUCACAGCACCAAGACACUGCCUCCUACUGGGGACAUGGUCUCACACAACAACCAGCCGUCAUUUACACAAGGUAUCUUUGGCUGUGAUGUUGCCAGCGGAUCCCCAGCCGAAGCGCCGACCACAGCUGCUGAUGGAGGGCUGCAGUGUGCGGGGUGGAAAGCGACCAGUCCUGGGCUGCAGGCCGCCGCCAUGUCCUGGUCAACGCCUGACUACAACCAGCAGGACCCCUCAGCUCAGACUCUGACCUACCCAGCCACUCCGACACUUACUAUGCAAACUCUGUGUCCCAGCUACACCAUGCUGACCUACACACACACACCACUGCUGACAAACUUUGGGACCAUACCAGUGGCACCAGCCCCAGCCUCCCUGCCUCAAGUGGAGCUCCAAGACUCAGGGUUGACCUAUCUUCCUUGGGCCCAGCCACUCACCACUAUAUCGACCAUGCCUAAUCACGGGGUGCAGUUUGCCCCGGGUUCUGCAGCGCUGCCUGGGUCGCCUCUGGUACACAUGCCGCUGUCCAUGUCGUUGACCGCCAUGAUCCCACAGCUGGAGCCCCAGGGUAUGGACCCUCAGCCCGAGAUCCUGGAGAUCCCCGAGCAUUCAGAGCAGCAAGCUCAAGGUCAGUCUCUGAACGAAGACCCGGAGGUUGAGGCGGAAUCACCAAACCUACUGGACAAACUUCUCGAGGAUCACAAAGAACAUGGUGAGGAGGAGGACAAAGACUCGUACAGAAGCUCCCUCUUCAUACCCAAUGUCUGAAGAACAUUUUUUUAAAAUAUGAAAUCAGUAUUUUUACCUUUACAUUUCAUUUUUUUCCCUCGGGGGCAAGUGCCUAUUGGCCUUUUUGUGUAACUUGAUUACCACAGAUUCUGUCUAUUAUUAAGCCUUUGAGGUCUAACCUAUCUAACUUACCCAAACCAAGUGUUUUCUGUGAUUUGUAAGCAAAACUUGAAAUAGUUUCUCUUAGUUAUCGUGGUUUUUUUUGGUGUCCCUGUUGCAAAGACUUGUAAGAAAACAAUGAAAAUCCAAAAAGCGAUUAUUUUGAAAGUAUACAGUAGAGUCAGGGUUCAGGUACGUGUUACCACACAUUAUGAGCCAGACUUCACAGAACUAUUAAUUUCUUGGAUAAUUGGGAAUCACACGUCUAUAAUUAUCCAUGCUGGCUCAUACUUAAUAAUAAUAACAACAAUAAUAAUAAUAAUAA